GUUUUUCUGGCCGGCCGCGGGCGGCUGUGCAGCCCAAACAGUGAAAAGUGGGAGAAACAGCCCAGUGAAAUCUACGAUUUUUCAGCAGCAGUCUUCUAGUAAAGUCCUUUGAAUAAGGAAAAAUGACUUCCUUAGAAAGCACUGAAGUAAAAGUAAGUCCUCCUUCUGUACCAAUCCGUGGAGCUGGAGAUGGAAUGGAAACUGAGCAGCCACAUAAGUCUGUGGAAGUUACCUCUGGAGCUCAUUCCCUAAGCUGUCACAACCUCCGAAGCCCACGGAAGAAACCCAUUCCAUCGCUGAGCCCAGGAGUGCUUCAGUUGGGCAAGGUUAUUGCUGACAAAGCUAUAGAAGUCGAAGCUGUUCGGAUCCUGGUUCCCAAAGCUGCAAUAACCCAUGAUAUCCCUGCCAAAAAUGCCAAACUGGUUAAGUCUCUGGGACAUCAUAAAGGAGAGCUUUUAGGUCAAGCAGAUGGAGUCCUAGAUCCCAGAAAAGAGGUGUCAGAGCUAAAAAAUAGAAUGGAAAAGCUCAAGAACUCUGAAAAGAGAUUGCUGCAGGAUAAAGAAGGGCUUUCCAACCAGCUCCGAGUACAGACAGAGGUGAAUCGUGAAUUAAAGAAGUUGUUAGUGGCUUCUGUUGGGGAUGAUCUGCAGUAUCAUUUUGAACGUUUGGCUCGUGAGAAAAAUCAGCUUAUUUUAGAAAAUGAGGCCCUGGGCCGGAAUACAGCUCAGCUCUCUGAACAGUUAGAACGUAUGUCUAUACAGUGUGAUGUGUGGCGAAGUAAAUUUCUAGCAAGCAGGGUUAUGGCUGAUGAAUUAACAAAUGCCAGAGUAGCUUUACAGCGUCAAAGCCGCGAUGCUCAGAGUGCUAUCCAAGACCUCCUCAGUGAACGGGAACAAUUCCGACAGGAAAUGAUUGAUACUCAGAAAUUACUGGAGGAACUCUUGGUUUCUUUGCAGUGGGGUAGAGAGCAGACUUACUACCCUAGUGAACAACCCCACAGCACUGCAGAGCUAGCAUCCACAAAUCACAAAUUGGCCACAGCACUGAAUUCCCAUCUCCUUGGAAAUGUCGGCACUAAGACUCCAAAAAAGGCUUCACCCACAUUUGAAUUCUGUAGUACUCCAGCAGAGAAAAUGGCUGAAACAAUUCUGCGAAUUUUAGAUCCAGCUACCUAUACAGAAAGCUCAUCUGAAAUAUUUUCAGAGUCUUCACCAGCCACUUUGCUUUCUACAAAAAAAAAUAUUGGACGAUUCCAUCCAUAUACCAGAUAUGAAAAUAUAACUUUCAACUGUUGCAAUCACUGCCAGGGAGAACUUAUUGCCCUUUAAAAGAAGUCAAGUCAAUGUCUUCAAAAUGUCCUAGAAUCUCUUAUCAUACUAGAGAUAACUAUAACUGUUUUGGGGUUAGGGUUAGGCUACCAUGUAAUGGCACUCUUUCUACUUAAAUACUGGAUUUCUCCAAAGAACUUCCAUGUAAUGAACUUUAAAUCUUUUUCAUAGAUAUCUACUCAGGGUAUAAAAAGCACAAAACUCAAAAAAUGUUAAUUGACAAUAAUGCAAGCUUUCCCAAGCUUCACACUGUGCUUUCCUUAAAAAGGUAAUCUUGGAGUUCACUUGGUAAUUGAGAUUUAGAAAUCUCUCCAAAAGGUAGAAUUCAGUUUAAUUCUAAAGCUUCUCCAGGACCAGAUUAUUACUUACCUCCACUGGAUUUGUGCAAUGGUUUUUGUGCUCCUAUUAAAAUCCAAAAUGAUUACAUUGAUUUUUCUACCAGUUUAUAAGUCUCCCCCUGCCCCCCUCCAAAAAUAUGCCAUAGGCAAUUUUGAAAAAUGUUUUCCUUACUGGAAAGGAGGAAAAAUGUUAUAAGCUAGAUGAUUCUGAAUAAACGAUUGAUAAGAAGGUAUGUUGUUCAACAUAAAGUGUACAUGUAAUAUUGGGAGUUUUUUAGAUUGAGACUGAUAGAGGAAAGAAGUGACAAUUUUAACCAUUAAACUGAAUUGUAGCAAAUGUGAUGCACAAUAGUGGUGAUAUUGAACGUAUAUUUUACUUGUUUUUCAAAGAAAUAUGCUAGUCUUGAUUUGUACAGAUCUGGGUAAUAUGACUUUAAAGAGACCCCUUAAAUUUGAAAGACCCUGUCUGUACAGCAUGUAUUUUUUUAAAUAAUGUAACAUAACAGACUAUUAAUAUCUUUAUAAGCCCAAAGAAGAAAAUCAGUCCAUUGAUUGAAACUUUGUUUUUAGCAUUGUAUUAUUAUGUAUCAGUGAUCGAGUCCUUAAAAACAGUUCAUUUUAUGCCUUGAUACAGGGCUCAUUUAAAAUAGUCACCUAUGUUAAUUAUACCAAAUCAUGCAGAUGAGUUACAGAAGUGCCUAUUAGAAGAGAAAUCUUCAAUGGUCAGGUAUAAAUAUAAUGUAUUGAAUAUGUAUGUUUUUUUGUCAACUGAAUAAUUGUUUCUGGCUGUUGUGUUUGGAUUAAUUUAUUGUUUCAAAUGGCAAUAAAUGUAUUUACCUUCUCCAGUUGUAAAA